AUGUCAUCAUCCGUGCCUUACGAUCCUUACAUUCCCGCCGAAGAGUCCCAGUCUCAGACCAAGACUGCUGCUCUCAAAGCCGAAAUUGAUGAUACCGUUGGCAUAAUGAGGGACAACAUCAACAAGGUGGCGGAGCGCGGUGAGAGACUCACUUCUAUCGAAGAUAAAGCCGACAACUUGGCUGUCUCGGCACAAGGCUUUAAGCGUGGCGCGAACAGGGUAAGAAAGCAAAUGUGGUGGAAGGAUCUUAAGAUGAGGCUGUGUCUUGUCCUAGCGGUUAUUAUACUGCUUGUUGUCAUUAUCGUUCCCAUUGUUGUUCAUUUCAGCUAA